UCUCCGCGCUGCGACCUGAUUGGCUAAAGUCCCUGCCAAUCACGAUGCCCUUGCCGCCCACUUCCGCCAGGCUCCAGCGGCACUACACUUUUCGGUUGUUUAUGUUAGCCGAGGCCAAAGUGACACUGAUUGACAGGUCGUGUUCGUGGCCGUCUGUGAUGCUCGGAGAGUGGCUGGGCUGCAUAAACGUCGGUCCGACGGGUGAAACAUGACCGCUGAGUAACAUUUUUGUCACCACUUCGGCCCUUUUUUUUCUUCUUCUUCUGCUCAGUAUGAACAGCGAGGAGGAAUUUUUCGACGCCGAGACAGGACUGGAGUCUGAUGAUUCCUGUGAGGUCAGCUUCAAAGAUGCCCUGGUGUUUGACAGCAAGCAGGCGGCUGACGGCAGCAGCACGCAGGAGAAUGGGGUGUGGGAGCGCAGGAAAGCUCUGCCUGCAGAAACGAUCUCCAGGAACAAUUUUAGUGUGUGGAGCAUACUGAAGAAAUGCAUUGGAAUGGAGCUCUCCAAAAUAGCGAUGCCUGUUGUGUUUAACGAGCCGCUGAGCUUUCUCCAGAGAAUCUCGGAGUACAUGGAGCACACUCACCUCAUUCAUAAAGCUUGCAGCCUGUCUGACUCCAUAGACCGUAUGCAGGCUGUUGCUGCGUUUGCUGUUUCUGCUGUAGCAUCUCAGUGGGAGAGGACUGGAAAGCCAUUUAAUCCUUUGCUGGGGGAAACAUAUGAACUCAUUAGAGAGGACGAAGGAUACAGAUUAAUCUCUGAGCAGGUGAGCCACCACCCCCCAAUCAGUGCCUUCCACGCUCAGUCUCUGAAGCAGGAGUUUGAGUUUCAUGGCUCCAUCUACCCAAAACUGAAGUUCUGGGGUAAAAGUGUGGAAGCUGAGCCUAAAGGCACCAUGACGCUGGAGUUAUUGAAGCAUAAAGAAGCGUACACAUGGACAAAUCCAAUGUGCUGUGUGCACAACAUCAUUUUGGGGAAACUCUGGAUCGAACAAUACGGAACGGUUGAGAUAGUCAACCACAGCACCGGCGACAAGUGCAUCUUGAACUUCAAACCGUGUGGGAUGUUCGGGAAGGAUCUUCACAAAGUCGAAGGUUAUAUCCAAGACAAAGGUAAGAAGAAGAGACGAGUCAUCUAUGGGAAGUGGACCGAGUGCAUGUACAGCAUCGACCCCAAGCUUUACGAAACGUUCAAGAAGUCCGAGAAGAAGACGGGGAGCGACUCAAAGAAGCUGAAGCAGGAACGUAGCUGUGAAGGUGAGGAGGAGGACGACGAAUUGCCAGAGGUUCAGGAGACUGUGACUGUGAUACCAGGAAGUGCCUUACUGUGGAGGAUAACGCCGCGGCCCGCCAACUCUGCGCAGAUGUAUAACUUCACCAGCUUUGCUGUGACGCUAAACGAGCUGGAGCCCUGCAUGGAGAGGCUGCUGGCACCAACGGACUGCCGGCUGAGGCCCGACAUUAGAGCCAUGGAAAAUGGAGACAUAGAUUUAGCUAGUGCAGAGAAGGAGCGAUUGGAGGAAAAGCAAAGAGCUGCACGCAGAGAACGAUCAAAGGAUGAAGAGGAGUGGUCGACCAGGUGGUUCCACUUGGGAACGAACCCGUUCACGGGAGCCGAGGAUUGGCUGUACGCAGGCGGAUACUUUGACCGGAAGUACACAGACUGUCCCAGCAUUUACUGACACGAGAGAGGCUCUGCGUAUCUGGAAAAUAUUCACUUUAUUUCUCAGCAUCUCAGAUAUGUGAUUCUUUUUUUUUCUUUUUUUUUUUAAUGGCCAAAUGAUUCAGACUGGCACUGUGUCUUUGUUGGAGAAAGCUGACCUCCCUUAAUCAGAUCGUCUGCAAUGACUGUGAACAUGCUCUGCAGGAGAGCCUUAGAGUGCACUGAUCAAAAAUGACAUCUUCAUCGUUAUUCACCCUAGACACCCACCGUACUCACUAUGGAGGGGUUGUAAACCAGCCACCGGUGUGUACUCUGUAAACACAAGCUGCUGCAGGACACGGAGGGCUUAGGGUAAUAGUUUAUGUAUCCAGACGUCCUCCUACCUGCAGGACAUCCACACACUUCUGUCAUGUUGCAUUUGAAUGUCAGGGAUUAUUUAAACACAUCCGUUACUUUUAUAUAACCAACUCAGAAAUUAGAUGUCUAUUUUAUUCAGCACUACGUAUCUUUAAAAUGUCACAAGUGUUUCUGUGAAUAGAUUAUUAUUAUUAUUAUUAUUUUCUUUUUAAAGCUGCUUAUAACCACGUUUACGUCCGUCGUAAGCGGAUGUUGUCGGUACAGAAUAGAGUUGUGUGCUGUAAAAUGGGCAGUGCAUUGAGAACAAACGAACAAAAAAAAAAAGUUAACUGGUGCUUGCAUGCUCACCAAGAUGUUAAUAGAGAAGUAAGAGCCAUAAAAUAACUAUUUCCUGCCCUGCGUAUAAAUGCAUUUGUGGAAAAACUGUAAUUCAGAUACCAGAGAUUUUGAAUUCUGACACUGUGGCUGCCUCUCACCGUUAUGCUCCAACAAACGCGACAGGUUUUUUCCGACUACGUGAAGUCCUUCAGAAAUAUACAAAUCAAGUGUAUGCAAACAGGAAAGCAAAAUCCAGUUAAGAAAACUAAAUGAUUAUUAAGCUUCAUCUCUUUUUUUUCUUUUUUUUUCCCUUCUGUAAACCUUUAAACAUGAAGCAGAAUGUUUGCAUGGAUGUGUUUUUGGAAUAUUUGAGCUACACCUUUAAUAUUUAAGCUAAUUUGCACCUUUUAAGAUGAUGCCAAAUUGACCCUUUGCAUUGCUGACUACUUCAGAAAACGAUGUUCGAAACACUUAAACUGACACAAUUAGGGCAAAAGCAUCAAAUGAAAAGGGAAAUGUUGGUCUGGAAGCGUGAAUGACGUCCGUCUGUUUUUAUGUUAACGGUGGUUCUUAAAAGGAAGGGCGCAGCAAUGCGUUACAGAGAAAGCUUUAAGUUUCCAGUCUUGACAGACGUUUAGAAGGCUGAGUUGCGUUUCCACGCCUGCUCAGAUAAACCUAUGCAAUCUGAUGCAUCAACCCCGACCUCCUGAAAAGUGAAACCUCAAACGCUAAUUUCUUCUUCAGACAGUACAUUAUAUAUGUAGAUGCUGCAGCAGCUGUCGGAUGGUUUAGUUUUUUUUGUUGUUGUGCACUAACGUUGCAUACAAACUGCACAUUUGAGCGCUCACACUUCUAUGCACUUGUACAGUGAAAUCUCUCCCUUGCUGCUCUUUCCUUUUCUCUGAUUCUUGAAAGCACUUUUGAAGCUUGCAGGUUCAUCUCUUUACCUCUUGUGUCUCUCUGUCGAGCAUCUCUUCGAUUAUGUUUACAUUGUUUGUUGAGCCUUCGUUUCUUCCUCUCUUCAUACUGUCACCCAAAACCAUAUGCAUACAAGCAUAUUUAAGUAAUAAAUUAUGGAUUACAAAAUGA